GCCAGUUAGUGCUCCUGCAGUUCAGUUUGAUGACUUGUAUGAGGAGCAGAGAGACAUGCUCUCCCUCUCUUACCAUUAUCCUCUCAGUACACCACCCACCCAUCACCACACACUCACCACUGGCCCUCAUAACAAUGGAGGAAUCAACAGGAGGAGCAUCAUUAAGAAGAAGGGACAUAUUAAGGCAAAGUCUGUUCCUAGACUGCCCCCAAUAGGAAGAAGUAGACCUGAUUUUAGGACAGUAACUAGUAAGGACGUGAAGCAAAGAUAUAAAGAGGUUGAUUGUUUGAUUAAGAAGAAAUCAAAUAAUGAUUCAUGUGACUGUGAAGUCUGUGCUGCUAACAGAGGUGAAAUCAAGAGACCAGAUUACUUACCUGGUCUAACUGGUAAGACAGGUUUGGAGAGACUGAGAGAAGAAGCUGACAGGAGAGAAGAGGAACUAGCAAAACAACUUAGACUGGGACAACGUGUACUAGUACAAGUUAAGAAAUCAAUGUAUGAUUUGGAGCCACAGAAGCUAACUGGUGUUAUAAAGUACAUUGGUAAAGUAGACAAGGAAUACGUUGAUAAUAGAAUAUAUGUUGGAGUUAAACUUGAUGAACCAGCUGGUAACAUGAAUGGUAUUUAUAAAGGAAAGAGAUACUUUGAGUGUUCAGCAGGUCAUGGUAGAAUGCUACACAUCACCAACGUACUAGCAGCAAUGCCUAGACAAGGUAUUGUGUAUAAGCCGUUACAGUUUUCAAUGGAUUCUGGUAGCUAUGAAGAAGAGAGGAAGCAACUACUCCAGUCAUCAUAGAAAUAGCAACAAGAAGCAGAACACACUAUAGACUAAUGUUAUAAAGUAUCGUAUACCAUUUCAUUGUAUUAUAGUUUUAA